AUGACCCACUCAGACAUCCCCGCUACCGACCCUGCCGUCUACGAUUCCUACCAGGCCAAAUGGUCCUCUCUGCCUGAUACCGCAGACGCCUGGCUGGCCCGGGCGCGUGAAGUGGCUCAGGUGCUCGCCCAGGAUGCAGCCCAACGCGAUCAAGAAAAUAAGUCGCCGCGGGCGGAAGUUGUACUGCUCAAGCACUCUGGAUUAUUGAAGCUGCUGGGCCCGAAGAAGUACGGUGGAGGCGAACAGCCCUGGGACAUAGGAUACAAGGCCAUUCGCGAGGUCGCCAAGGGAGAUGGAUCCAUCGGCAUGCUCCUAGGCUAUCACCUCCUCUGGUCCACGACCGCCAACAUCGUCGGCACCCCCGAACAAAUCGACCGCACCCAUCAACGGAUCAUCACGAACAACUACUUCGUCGGCGGGGCUGUCAACCCACGCGACAGCGAUCUCAAAAUCACUUCCGACGGGGAAGACAUCGUCUUCAACGGGGUCAAAUUCUUCAACACAGGCGGAGUAGUCUCCGACCUGACCGUUCUGGAGGGUGUCCUGGACACCACGGGCGAACACAUCUUCGCACUCGUCGAAACCAGACAACCGGGGAUCCAGUUCGCACACAACUGGCAUAAUAUUGGACUCCGCUUGACCGAGUCAGGAGGUGUCAAGAUCGAAAACGUCCGUGUCCCCUGGAUAGAUGCCCUGGGGUGGGAUGCUGUUUCUAAGACUCCGCGCGAGGAUGUCCUAAAUAUACCUUUCGCCAGCCUCUUACUACCCACCAUCCAACUCGUCUUCAGCAACUUCUACCUCGGCAUCACCCAAGGCGCAUUAGACUUCGCAAGCAAAUACACCACCACCACAACCCGAGCAUGGCCCUUCGGCGGCGACAACAAGUCCUCCGCAACCGAAGAAUUCUACAUCCUGGAACGAUACGGGAACUUCUUCGCCCAUGUCCGCGCCGCCGAGGCAUUAGCCGAUCGAGCCGGGACUGAACUUACAACACUAUACAGCCAACACUCGAGCAACCGCCCCGGACUAACCGCCCAACAACGCGGCGAAGUAGCCGAAUGGAUCGCCAGCGUCAAGGUAGUUACCACGGACGUAGGAUUAAGAACCACAUCCGGGAUCUUCGAAGUGACAGGGGCACGAGCAACAUCUCUCAAGGUAGGAUUGGACCGAUUCUGGAGGGAUAUUCGUACCCAUACGUUGCAUGAUCCGGUAGCGUAUAAGAAUCGGGAGUUGGGACGGUAUGUUCUCUUGGCAGAGGUACCGGAACCGAGUUGGUAUACCUGAUGUUACUUCCAGG